AUGCCGAAGAAAAAUAAAGUUAAACAUGUUGUAUUACCACGACGCUACACCUUUGAUAUUAGAAGAAUUCAAGUACGACUAGGUCGAUAUCUAAAUAUUGCUAUCUAUAAACCAAUUAAAAGAAGAAAUAGCCAAACUGCAACGAAUCCGGCAGAUGAAAAUCAUCUGAAUACGAUCGAUGAUACUAGUACAUCGGAAAAUGCUGAUCCUCCUGUAGUAUUUUUUAUUCAUGGUGUUGGAGGUUCGCAUUUAGUCUGGCAAUCACAGUUAGAACAUUUUAGCAGUCAUGGUUACAUCGCCAUUGCACCAGAUCUGUUAGGACAUGGAAACAGUGAUACACCGAGAGGAAAAAAUAAAUACACUUUUGAAGAAAUGAGUAAAGAUGUAUUAUCUAUAUUCGAUCGCUACUGCCAUCGUAAAAACAAUUUUUUGGUUGGACAUUCGUAUGGAUCUUCCUUUUGCGCGUUGACGGCAAGAGAAAGGCAAAAUCGCGUUUUAAAAAUAGUUCUCAUAAGCUGUGGUCUACCCUCGCCAUUGCAACCUCAUCCAGGUUGUAUCUUUUCAUCGCCUAUGCUUUUAUUAAAGUGUGUGUUUCCCCUAGUUUCAAAGCAUUUUAUUAGGAAUGCAUAUGCAAAGCAUAAUACUGUCAAAGUUAAAAAGAGAGGAUUUUUAGUCCGCCCUUACGCCCUUAAACAUACGAUGCUUGGACAGAUUUGGGAGGAAGGAGAUGAAAGUUAUUAUCACGAAUUACAUCUGCCAGUUUUAAUUAUCCAUGGUGAACAGGAUAAAUUAGUCGAUACUGAAGAGGAUCUAAAAUUGCAGGAGGUUAUUUAUGGAUCUGAUAUUGAAAUUGUGGAAGAAGCAGGCCAUAACGUGAUGAUGGAAUUUCCUACUAAAAUUGAUAGAGUUAUAAUGGGGUUUCUACGACGCGAUUUUUCACACUUAUUUGGUGCUGAUGUUUGGGAAUCGAUGAAUCGAGUACAAGCUAGAAGCUUUCGUUACGGAAACGUCGAUGCUAUUAAGGAAGAAGAUUAA